AUCAUUGGAAAUAAAUGGAUUAUCUCAACUCCAAUUUUCAUUCUUUACCAUUGUUGUGCUUGUAAAUUAUAUAUUUACAUUAGGUAUUGAACAUUUUUUUCCCAUAACGAAGAAUACUAAAUCGGAAUAACUAUUUAAGUUCGCGUGUUACAUAAGUAGACUAACAGACUUCCAUUCAUGACUUUCUCCUGGAGACUUCUUUAUGCAGUUCUGAGUGUGCCCUGGUUUUUGAUACCUGUAAUGUCUCAGAUAAUGACAGCGGAUGAGUACUGUCUCUCAAAGUUUGCAACCAAGAAAAAAGAUCAAGUGAAAUAUGGAUUCUCACAGUUUGCCAUCAUGUGCAGCAACCUUGAUGCUUUCAAUGAAUGUAUUCUAAACACUACCAACCCAAUGCAAACCAAAAAAGCUCUAGUAGGGGUCAGAGUUCAACUUUUUGAGACGGUGUACCCUCACCCUUACGAUCUAAUACGUGCCGGGUAUAUUUUCUGUACCGAGGAGCUUCCACUCUAUUUGGAACAUUACAAAUUUCAGGAAAAUGACGUCAUACAGUGUGAGAAAUCAAUCAACUUUAGUGGCUGUCUAAUGCAAGGGGAAGCUGCUGACAAUCUGGCCAGACUUAUCAAAGGAAACAGCAAGACCAUCAUGUAUUUGGCGGCAUGCAAUUCAACUUACCAUUACUAUACUUGUCUCCGUAGUCAGUAUAUCAAGUGUAAGCCUGAAUUUUCCAAUUUGUUUAACUAUCACUUUGCUAGACUUGGCCCAGAUUGUCUACUAUAUGAAUACGAGAACAACACGCUGAUUCUAUUCACGAAGUGUCCGACCCAGUCUAGGAAUGCUGGGACUGUUUCUGUACCACUUGGAGCUCUCCUGGCAAUACUAAUCUUUGUGAUGACAUUCUCCAAUCUCAAGACAUUGAUAACUAUUUGACAGUCAUAUUAAUUUAUAAAUGUUAAACUAAUUAUAAAAUAUAUAAAGUGUUGAGUUCAUGCAUUUGUAAAUUAUUUUUAACAUAAUUACCUUUGCUGCAAUUUAGUAUAUUGUAUUGUAAAAUCAUGACCAAUAGAUGACAUAAAUUGAGUGAUUUGGAUAUAUGAAGUUUAGAUACUUAGUUCUAUUUUCCAAGAUUACUCUUCCCUUUAUUGUAUCCCAACAGA